AUGGAGAACGGAGUGCCGUUUUACGAACAACCCGGCGCAGUGACCAGACCGAGGAAGUGUAUUUGCACGGAGCAUUGCACCCUCAAGAACUUGAGCAACUGGCGACUAUCCCUCAAGUUUGCGCAAGUGAUACUAUCCUUCCUAGCCUUUAUUGCUGAAGAAGCUGUGACGAGAUCCGACUUCUGUCCUGGACUUUACGUCUUUGAGUUUGCGAGCUGCAUUGCCCUUAUUUUAAGCAUCUUCAUCCUGGUUUUAUACUGCACUACUGUUUAUAAAAAGGCUGGAGAAGACACAGUAACUUGUAUGGAUUUCUUUGUUGCUGUAGGAGUAGGAUUGCUGCUCUUCCUGGCUUCGAUUAUAUUUAUUAUAACUGCUGAGAAGCAACUGAUUGAAAAUACUGCAAUUAUAUUUGGUUUCUGCGCAAGUACCUUAUUUCUUGUGGAUGGUGCCCAAAUAAUCAUGAAACGUAUCACUGAAGAGAAGCUGCUAGAGGCCAACCCAACAGUUGGCCUCAGUCGUCGUAAUCAUCGCAAUCGUGAACGGCGUAACAUUGAGAUGUUAAAUAAUCACCGCGUCUAA